CGGGCGGUUCCGGCGCGCGCCCGGGGCGGCGGCGCGCGGCAGAGAAUCUUUGAGGUUUGCAUAGGCCCUAGUGGACGCGGCUGUGGACACCAUGCAGCUGACCGUGAAGGCGCUCCAGGGCCGGGAGUGCAGCCUACAGGUGCCGGAGGACGAGCUAGUGUCUACACUGAAGCACCUUGUCUCGGAUAAGCUGAAUGUCCCUGUGCGCCAGCAACGUCUGCUGUUCAAGGGCAAGGCCCUAGCAGAUGAGAAACGACUGUCAGAUUACAACAUUGGUCCCAAUUCUAAGCUCAACCUAGUCGUUAAACCUUUGGAGAAGGUGCUACUGGAAGAAGGGUCUACCCACAGACUGGUCGACUCACCUCCCCCACCCCUUUGGCAGCUGAUCUCCAAAGUCCUGGCCCGUCACUUCAGUGUAGCAGAUGCCAGCAGGGUCCUGGAACAACUACAGAAGGAUUAUGACAGGUCCCUGAGUCGCUUAACACUGGAUGACAUCGAACGUUUGGCCAGCCGCUUUCUACACCCUGAAGUAACUGAAGCUAUGGAAAAAGGGUUCUCCAAAUAGCAUUCUGGGAUUGGGGGGGGGGGGAGAAAUCCCAGGUCAGGCCACAGCUGCAUGUUACAUUAAAUGUGUUCUCAUGUCGCAGUUUGGCUCAUAGUGAUAAUAAUAGCUGGUAUGUACCCAGCUCUUGCUAGGUGCUAGGCACUACUCAAAGUACUUGGCCUGAGUUCUCUUCUGCCUCCCACAGGACAGUUGAGACUGCACUGUAGAGACACCUAGCAAUGGCUUGGGACAGCCAGAGUCCAAGUCUAGCCAGCCAUAGAAGUGCCUCUGUAGGAGAAAGAGUGUGCUGUUUUGAGGGAUGGGCCUUACUAUUCCCAUUUAGCCCACUCAGCAUACACCCUCAAAUGACUCCCUCAGGAAGCCACUAGUCCCUGUCACCUGUCCUCUAGUGUGUCUGGCAUAGCCCUUGGCAAAUCUCCAUAGGAAGCCAAGCGGUAGCCAUCCAGGGCCCCUCUGCUGCUGCAGCCAGUGUGCUCUUGAUAAAUGACAAGGUUAGGGGCUAGAGGAUCAGAAAGAUACCCCAGCUCCAUUGUAUGACUUGAGUCAAGUUUCUGUGCCACUUUGGUCCCCAUCCAUUGAGUCUGUUCAAUGAUGGCCACUCCUCUGGCCUAAAUAAGUUUCCUUCCCCCUUUUCCAGCUCAAGGUAGGAGUUUCUGCUAUCAUCUGCAGUUCCACCUUGUGUUCAAUAAGCAAACUGAAGCCGAAAGUGAAGUGGUAGCCAAGCAAGUAUCCUGGGCCUUUAUGACAUAGCUCUUCUCGGGGGCACCCUAUCUGCUUGGCUUCUCCUGGAAGUGGGUCUCAUCCAUGAGGGACAGCAGGUGACUCAACAAAGCAGUGUCACAACUAGGACUCUGCCUUGGUCUCACCCAGCACUCACCCAUAGCGUGAGACGGAUGCUUCCUUUGCCACCUGUGUACAGGGGCUUUUACUUUGCACACCUUCAUUGCUUAAGAAGAAACUCAGGGUGCUAAGGAGGAAAUAGAAAUGUAAGAUGAAGACAGUGGUUCUUCUUUUCACUAUCCCUAUGCCUGGGUGCUAAAGGUCAUGUAAGUACUAGCUCCUUUGAGGAGGACCCCCUGGGAGCAGUUGAGGCUGGAAGAUAGCCACCUGCAGGAUACUAUUCCUGCUCCUCCACUCUUGCCAAGGAAGCCACUCUGAAUGUUGUCAGGGGUACACUUGCCUUUCUUCCCCAAGGGCCAUCUUCAUGGGCCUUAGGCCUUGUGAGACAAAUCUUGAAUUCCCAUAUGGAAUGAUAAACUAAAGUGAGGCCUGAGGGGAUGAGCAGCUGAUAGACCCUGGUCCUCUCUGAGAUCUGGGGUACCACAUCAGGGACCUGCUUGUGAGCACAUAUAUGGGCUGGCAGCUCAGUUAAUAAGCUUACCAAUGUCCUUGUUCACUUUGAGUCAGGGAAUAUAUUUGGAAAAUUAUAUAACACUAAAGGUGCAUGUGAGACUUCACCAAAAUGAACUCUAUUAAUAAGCUAGGCUGCUUUGGGUUUCCAAUAAUUGGUUUAACAACACAGGAAACUUACUGGAUUACAAAACUGAAAAAGCCCAGGAGUACUGACAGUGGAUGAACAAUUUCACCAAAUGUGCAGCUUUUUUCCUGCUUCCCUCUGAAUUCUCCAGAAUCUGCUUCAUCCUCACCACUACUUCCAAGGAUCAAAGAAAGGGUGGCUGCCUGCAGCUUCAUCAAAACCCUUCAUUUGCUGCCAACAAGGAGCACUUUCUUCUGUACCAUACCUUCUAUCUCAGAUGCCCCAGCAAAUAAAUGCUGUCUCUUAUUGGUCA